AUGGCCGCUUUUCAAAACCACGAGGAAAUCCUCGAAGCGGCCUUCAAGGACCCCAACAACACCGCCUUCGUCUUCGAGCCCUGCAACGUCAACAAGGUCAUCCACAGCCGCCACUACGACGCCGACCCAGACCUCCACUACACCAAGGCCCAGGUCUGGGACAUGGAAGUAAGGAAAGCUCAUAACCCGGACAAGUACCUUAGAUUCGUCGUCCGCCCCGGAAGCCUCAAGGUCUUCAACGUCCAAAAGGAAGGCUCCAAAGAGACGUUUGUGCGCGUGACGGACCAGCGCACGUGGCGGGAUCCGAACGUGUACACCACUGUGAUCGAGCAAGUCUUUCUGGACUAUGAGAAGCAAAAGGCCUUCUUCAUUGGGGUGCCAGAGGUUGAAGGGCCGGACGGUGAGAAGAUUGUCGCCGGGGCGAAACAGGCACUUUUUCAUGUUGAGCAUUCGGUCGCAGGCACUGAAGACGAGCCUUUGAACCUUUGGCGGAUUGUGCAUCUGGAUAAGGAUGAGGAUGGGGCGCUGAAGGAGGUGUUUAAGAGGUUCAUGGACUCUCCUUAUCUAAGGGAGUUUCAUGAGGUUUACAUUCGCGAGGACCUUGGCAAGAAGCUGGACCGUGUGUAA